AUGACAGAGGUGGAGACAGUCUACCUUCAGGGCCCAUAUUGCUCCAGUGAGCCGAGCCAGCGAGUGUGUUUGGGUUCUGUCUGCCCGGGUCCCAAUGGGAGCAGACGCAGCGCUACAGCCAGACCCAUCACCGUCGCCCAAAUCUCGGGGGACCCCUCAGCCUUCUCUGCCAAUGUUCCCUCCGAAAGCUCCAAAUGUACUGUCCAUUUUGUGGAUCUGCGCUUACAGCUUCACCUGCCUUUUGCCGUGCGUGUGGCAAAAACGUCACUUUUUUUAAAACGCGUCCAGGAGGAGACGCCUGCAACUCACGCACAUAUUGAUGUUGCACAACCUUCCACCAGUCAAGCAGGAAGCAUAGAAACAUUUCUGAGGUUUAGGGCAGUUAAAGACAGGGAGAGAAAGUCAUUCUUUUCAAAGAAACGUCAGGCCUCUCAGAGUGAAAAGCAACAGAAACCAGUGAAGAUUUAUGUUGGAGUUAUGAGGUUGACAGGUGACUCCUUAAAACCUGUAAGAGGGAAAUCACUGCCUCUGGACAUUCAGCCUCACUGGUCAUCAGAACAAGUGAGAAACAUCCCAGGAACAAAUGACCCUUUCACUGUUCAGAAGUACAAGGAGGCAAUUGGGAAGGCCUACCAGAGGAUAACACUCUACAUUUGCACUGCAGAGGAUUUUGAAACCAGUUGCUAUACUGGACAGUCUUCUAGUGAAGAUGACAGUGUUGUCCAUGUGAACCUGCCAUCUGUGGAAAGUGAACUCUCUGACACUGUGGUCUGGGACACUCCAGAUAAUGUGAGCACCCCAAAAACAGACAACAUUUUGCAGGGACCCUCCAGAUGCCAACAACCAGAAUCUCAUCAAGAUGGACAGCAAUCAACUCCCCAGGAUCAGUUAAGAUCUUCACAGAAUCUGAAUACCUGGUAUAGCAACUACACCACCAUGUAUGCACCUAUAGUAGUUGACAGUGAGUCUGAGACAGAUGACCACAUAGACUACCCUGCAGAACAUCCGCAGGUUUUGAACCUGACUGCUGAAGACAUUGUUUCAGACCUGGCCUCCAAGAUUACCAACACUUCAUACAGCAGGUUCAACAUAAACAGGGCAAAUAUAUGGGAUGGAGCAAUCAGAGGCUUCAAGCGACCAUCUUAUGACCCAUCACAUGAAAUUUUGGUUAAAUUCACUGAUGAUGAGGGGCGAGCAGAGGAUGCAGUGGACACUGGUGGUCCCAAACGAGAGUUCCUCACCCUGCUGAUGGACUGCCUUAGAUCAAGGAGAAUAUUUGAUGGUCCAGACGAUAGGAAAUUUCUCACGUUUGACUGUGCAGCUGCCAGAGAUGAUGAGUAUUUUCAUGUUGGGAGGAUGAUCGCUACAUCCAUAGUCCAUGGUGGUCCAGGCCCUCGAUUCUUGUCAGAAAUGCUAUACGACCACCUCACGGGAAAAUCAACAGCUGAUUUUGAGGCAAGGAUUGAGGACAUCACCGAUGACACCAUGAGAGCUUCCUUGCUUGAGAUAUCCAGUGCAGCAACACUGGUUGAACUGCAUGCAGUGAUCGACAAACAUUCAAGUCUGUUGCAGAUGGCUGGUUGUCUUCAGUAUCCAAAAGUUGUAUUGGACAAGAAGAUAAUAAUGAAAGACUUCAUGCAGUGGUACUUCAUUUACCGCAACCAUUUCUCAAUUCAAAGGUUCAAGGAUGGGCUUUCAACACUUAACAUGAUUCAUGCUUUGGAGCAGCAUGCAUCUAUAUUCAAGACAUUUAUGUGCUCAAGUGUGGAGCAGCUGACAUCCACAAUACUGGAAAAUCUUUUUGAGGUUCAACUCAGUGAACAAGGCACCACAAGACGCCAAGAAGAAACCAAAGUAUUAGCAUUCUGGAGAGACUAUCUCCUUGAUACAGAAGAUAAACAAACAGGACUCUCCCUCCCUGACAUCCUGAUGUUCGCCACAGGACUCUGUUCUCUGCCCCCAUCUGGGAUUAAGCCAAGACCAAAGUUGGUGUUUCAAAGGGUGUCUCGCUUCCCAUGCAGCAGAACCUGUGCAAACACCAUGGAAAUUCCAUUGUCAACAACUUAUGAAGAGUUUCAAAAGGACAUGGACUUUGGAAUACAAAACUCUCCUGGUUUUGGACUGUACUAA